AUGCGUUUCUCAAUCCUGCUUCUCCUCGCCUUCGUGGCUUACGUCUUUGCACUGUCGGCGCAUCAGAAGCCUGUCGUGAUCUCAUAUCCUGCGGAUACUCCUCCUUCGGUGAUCGAGAAAGCAAUGGAAGAGGUUGAGAAAGAUGGCGGCAUCAUUACACAUGAAUACUCACUGAUUAAAGGAUUCGCAGCCAAAGUGGCUUCAGCCACUCUUGAUAAGAUCUCUGCGCUUGCCGAAGACUUCAAACCCUAUAUUGAAGAGGAUAUUAUCGUCCGAAUUGACGGUUCUACUGAUUCAAAGAAUGAGUGA